AUGCCUAUAUUCCAAGCUGAUUUAGACAAUCAUGAACCUGUUGAGCCGCCGCCGCCUCUUGAUGUGACCUCCCCCAGCCUAAGGCGUCUCUCAGAAGAGAGCAUCCGCACCGAACUUUGCGAAGGUCCUCUUCUCGACAGUCCGCUUCAAUCCAACAGUCCGGACAGGAUUGACGGAGCCGAAAAUGCCAUAUCAGAUCGAGCUUCUCUUAUAGAGAGGUUAAAGAGAGCACAGUCUCCAAAUUGGAUCCCAAACCGACAUCUCGACUCUAUCAUUCAGCACCACGCACCUACCUCCGAGAUAAAGCGCCCUCAGUCACCUUCCGAACCCUCUGUACUCCUCGCAGCUGCCCAAAUAACCCCCGAAAAGAACGACCCUCACUCCGAGUUCGACAAGAGAUUACGCGAUGGGCUCAACAUCGAACGACCGAGAUCGGCCUUACACAGUGGUAACUUCACAGAAGAAGAAGUAGCUAAGGAUCGUCCUGCUCUAGUCAGUAGAUAUUCUGUACCAGCAGAAACCCCAUGGAUCGCGACUUCACCUCCCAGGCAUUACACGCCUUUCCAACACGAUAAAGGAGUCCCUUUCGCGGGGGGCGCUGAGAGUUUCCAAUCCACCGUCUCGCCUCUUUCCUCCUCUCUAUCGUCCAGCUUUGUAUAUAAGCCGCCUACCAGUCCUUUGGUUCAAGCUCAGAGCUCCGAAGAGCACGAUAUGUCUAUGCCAAGGGACGCACUUGGAUUCACUGGAUAUGCUGGAGCUAGCCGAUAUACACCAAAUAGCACUUCGACGCCAUGGAUGUCUCCGUCAUCGAGAUAUUCGUUGCCACAACGUGUGCCUUCAUAUCGAAGAGAAGCGUUCCCAUACCAGGCGCAUCAACCACGGAGAUCAUUAACCUCAGCUCCAAGCUUCAUGCAAACGGGCGCCUCGCCACCAACGCCUGCUACCCUCCGACCACGGAGGUCUUCUCUGGUUGCAGAUUCAUCGGCACUUCAGCACGCUUCUAUGGUCGGUUCGUAUGAGGAGAGCAUUCUACGUGGUCGCAUGUCUACGACUCCCUCUAAACCACUGGAUUUUGUUGCCCAGAUAGGAGUACUUGGUAAGGGCAAAUGCAAGUCGAGUCUGAAGUGCCCACCCCAUGUUACUCUUUCAUUCCCAGCUGUGUAUUACAGCUACAGUAGCACAUCUCAUGGGCGGUCAAACUCACAUGACGGCCCGAGCCCAUAUGUUGGUCAGAUUGACCUUGAAAACGGUCUUCCUAACCCGGACGACGAACACCGGUCAAAGAAAAAGGCGCAAAGUCGCUACACAGAAAAAAGACCUUCGGAAGACGUGAUGGACAUUGGCCUGGAUGGUCAAGGGUCUGAAAAUAUCUCACGUCGAAAUUCUCGAGCCAGCCGCAGGUCCGGAUCAGGUUCUGCAAAAGCCCCUCCUGGUGGAAGCUACCGCAUUCCCGAAAAGGGUCAAAUUCAAAUCAUUAUCAAGAACCCAAACAAAACCGCUGUGAAGCUCUUCUUGGUCCCUUACGACCUAACGGGCAUGGAACCUGGUACUAAAACAUUUGUUCGGCAGCGUAGCUACUCGGCUGGUCCGAUUAUCGACAAUGCCCCUGCCACAUCCGAAGCGAACACUGAUGAUCGGCCUAUCUUGAGAUACCUUGCUCAUCUCCAUAUUUGCUGUCCCGCCAAAGGCCGCUUUUAUCUUUAUAAGAGCAUUCGCAUUGUCUUUGCGAACCGUGUCCCCGAUGGCAAGGAGAAGCUCAGAAACGAGACAACAUGGCCAGAACCCCGAUACACUACCUAUAAACCUAUCCGUGCCAUGCAUCCGCCAUUACCUACACAGUCUGGCCCUGCUGUUAUGCUCGCAGCUGAGAAGGCUUCGCGCAGACGAAGCGUUGGCUUCUAUCCUGGCUCAACCUCCCAAAACUUGCAUGUUAUGGGGAGCAUGUUUCGAGUCCAUGAUUCUCCUUCUGGAGGCUCUGCAGCAGGCAAUACUCUGCCAGUUGACCCUAUACCUUUCUAUCUUUCGGGCCGUGCUCGAACAAGCAGCGAUGUUAGCAACAGCACAAACACUACUACUGCUCUUGGUAAUAAUAUGCGUUCUCCCGACUCGUCCCAAGCUAGUCGACCAUCGACCAAGGACUCGACCAGUAGCCUAGCGCAGGGGCCUGCUCUCUACGAGAAGCUCAGCAAAGGCGAACCAGGAUAUGGCGGCAACGCUUUUGCUCUCAAUAGAUCAGGAUCUCUUGGCGGUGCUGAGGGCUUGCUUUCCCAGCGCUUGCGUUCGCUUGGGGUAAAACAACCGUCGCCUCCCGACACAGCCAGUCGGGAAAACAUGUCUCCAUAG